AUGACAUCACCAAAUUCCAUUCCGCAGGGUCUCGAUUCUCAGGAUUAUGUUGAUCUUCCGUCCGCAUCAAUGCUCCAACCUUCUACCUCCUUCGAUGUGGAAGAACAAGACACAGUUUCAGAGUCUGCGGGCCUGGCUAGUGUGGAUGCGACGAUGGAUAGGAAUCAACUUGAUGAAAAUUCAGAUCAUGAGAGUGAGGAUGAGGGCGACGAUGAGCAAAGGGGACGCACGAGAACACCGAGAUCUGUAGCUUCGUCAUCUGCUUCAACUAUCACGAAUAUUCCACACAAUAGAUCAUAUACACCUGAUUCAACAUCAGCACCCACGCAACCUCUCGAAGCACUCUAUCUCAACCCCAACCUUGAACCAAAUCUAACUCUAAAUCACAUCAUAUCCCUCCCUCAAGCCACUAUCCUCGACUAUAUAUCCGCAUACCAUCUUGCGCGUCAACGCUCAUUUGGAGAGUACGUUCACCCAUUACUUGCUCCAUCCCAAACAGUUGCGCCAGGACCUCGGAACCAAACUUUGAACGACGCAGACGAAGACUCUGAUUCUAGUUCCUCAUCCACAUUCACACCAUGGUCGAUGCCAGCACUAUCACCAGGUCCUGAACGAAGACAAUAUCAAGACUCUGCAGGACAAUCCACCAGUCCCCAUUGGCGACUCCCACUCCUAGAACCUCUGAGCCCAAGCCCAACAACAUGGCGACCGGGUUCAGGAUUGCCUUUACCAUCACCAUACGGAAGCCGGGUAAGAGGCGAUGAUUGGCAAAUUACUUUAACAGGAGAUCAGGAUAAUAUGGCUAGAAAUCGAAGAGACCGGGAAAGCUCACCUGAAGCUCGCAGAAUUGUCCCAUCAUCUGUAGUCGAGCCUGAGAAUGGAGGCUCGACAGGUAUUGAUUCGGAGAGCGAUCUCCAGGCUCAGAUUCAGAUUCAAAGCGAUCGACUUCGCCAAGCUAGUCCCGACUCGCGUGAAAGAAUACGUGAUGUUUUGACGCGUUUGGUGACUCAAAGGCUUACGAAUCAAGCGCGGGAACCAGCGAGCGAUGUCGAUAGAAGCGAUUAUAUUGAAGCUGCCAAUCCAUCGACAUCUCAGGCCGCUGUGACGGAACUCAGAGAUCCAAAUUCUGGGAACGCCACUUCAAUACUGCCAGUUCUUACAUUUAAUCAAGACGGUACUAUUUCGUUUCCUCAACGCCGGAUAUCUCUGAAUCCUGUGAACAACUCAGAUUCAUCAGUUCAGGAGCGCAUCAAUGCAGCCAGUCCAGCUAGAAGAGCUCGAAGCGGAGCCCCGGCUUUACCCUCAGAGACUCCAACUCUUGCUUCCCGUUCUGCACCUAACCUUGAGUCCGCAAAUACAUACUACACGGCCGAUUCACCAGUACCGAAUCGAUCAGAAAUUAACCGUAGCCUAUUUCGGAUGGAGAUUUCGGUGCGAAAUGUCCGCCAAAGACAUAUUUUUGAGCUUCAAGAACGAAGGGAAAUAGCUUCUUUAUCUCCAGAAGUGACAUCCGUACUUGAAACACAGAAUGCGCAUCCUUCCGUCCAGGAUCUGCUUGUUGAUUUAGAGUCACAAAUCGGUGGGAUGCGAAGUCGAAUUCUCGGUACUGAUUUGACGAGACCUGAGACCCCAUCGAAUGGUGGAGUCAAUGCCGAAGUGGAGGACUCUGGGGUAGGGAUCGAUCUUGACAUCGGUUUAACAAGACCAAUAUCACGACAAAGCGAUGUUGAAAACGACGAAGACGCUGAACCAUCAAUGGCAGAACAACUCGCAGCCUAUCAAAUCUCAAGGAAUCAUCGAAAUCCCGAGUCGUCCAACACAAAUCGUAACAUCCCACGAAAUAUCUCGCCGCACGAUAACAGCGAACUCCCAGAUUUUUCUGGAAUCCUAGCCGGAUACCAAAACGACCUCUCAAACAUCACCACGCGGAUUCAACUCGCCAGACGUAGAGCCGAGCUACGACUAGCUGAAACGAGAAUCCGCGCUGGGCUCCCGAUAGAAAGCAGAGAUAUAUCGCCAUACGAUCUAGAAAAUACAAAUACCCUUACACGUGCACCGCGCUUGCGACAAAGUACCAGCUAUGAGGAUCUGCGCUUGGAGCGACAACUCGCUGCGCUUUCUCCUGUGGCUGCGCGAAAUACGAUUCCUGCUCGUCAACGCACUCUCUUGCCCCGAGCGCAGAGAGAAUUAGAUGCUGCGAAUGCUCAGCGAAUGGAAAUGCUUCAGAAGCCUGCUAUCACAGUGUUCGAUCAUCUAGGCAAAUGGCAGCUAUACCUCGAAAAUGCAGCUACGAGAAUUGAUUCCCGUGUUCCGGAAGAAUGGGGUUCUCGCCUGGGAAGAUACACAUUAAUCCCCUCUACUUCCAGUUCGCAUUCCAUCGAAGAUGUAAGUGGUACCACCCGAUCUGAUGAGGAGAUCCUGGCUGCGUAUUCUGCGAAUACAUCGUAUGGAUUUCGGGAGAUGUUGAGAUUGGUGAGAGGAGAUGGGUUGGGUGCGAGAGAGGCGUGGCAUUAUGUAUUGUUGUGGAAAGAUUACUUGUCGGAGUCGCCGAUUGAUGAGUAUCAUGAGGCGCUGGGGUUGUGUCCGAUGGAUGUUCUCAUGCAUGUGGUGAUUCAGGGGCUGAAUCGGGGGGUUGGAGAUUGGAAAAUGAGUGCGAGGUGUAAGCGAGAGUGUAUUAAGUAUCUUGUUACGAGAACGAGUUAUUAUCCAUUUCCGUCUGCUGAAACCAUCGAUGCGGCAAACGCUUUUGGUGAUGUAACGCCGGCGACACUUCGCGAAUAUUUUGCAUCGGAUAUCAGCUUUCUUGAUGAGGAAUGGGAUAUGUUGGCUGCCUUAAAAAAUGAACGAUAUUCUACAGCACGUAUUCUUCACCUGGCAAAAAACAUUGCGAGAGGAAUCGCCAAGCUAGAUACUAUCGAUCUCAAGCCACCGUAUGACGAGUCAAAUAAUGCUCAACGCAAGGAUGUAUUCCAUAGACUGAAGCUAGAAGAAAUAGCACUUGCAGGCCAGUGUGGGAUACUCAGUACACGGGAGCACCAGGCACUCUUGAUGGAUGAAUCGAGUGUUGAACGUGUGCUUGUGGAGUACAUGUUAGAAUGGGAGUUGGUUCUCGAGGAACGAGAUCGGAUGUUUCAAGCGUUUGAUGGAGGGGCUUCGUUGGAGAGUCUUAUGAGCUCGAGACAGAGGUAG